GUAUCAGGCAACCCAGAAUACGGGUCCAACCACAGGUAUUCCUUUCCAGCUCGUCACAGCACAUCUAUCCGCCGAUGAAAGAAGCACGACCUUUCAAGAUAACAUUGUAGCCUCCAGGCCACAGAUUGAGAAAUCCCAGUUACUUACACUAGCACGGUGAGUUCUCCUAUUCUCCACUCUACCAUCGGAAAUAUGCUUUCUGCACUUCUUAAUGUCAAACGGGUCCCAAUCCAGAAGAUUGUAAUAUAUUCAACACCCCUGCUUGUUUUCCUCCGCACCAGGCCAUUGUUUCUCAGACCGAUUUCCUCAGUCCCACUCUGUAGCCUUGCAAUCUCACGUGGGACUGAUUUGUCUCCGGCAACUUUAACUAAAUCCACUUUGCCAAAAGGAGAUUCCUAUGUUGUCUCCUACCUCAUAGAUUCAUGUGGGUUGUCACCAGAAAAUGCUAUCUCUGCUUCUAAGAAGUUGGAAUUUGAAACCCCAGAGAGACCAGACUCUGUGCUUGACCUACUUAGAACCUAUGGAUUUACAGAAACCCAGAUUUCCAAGCUUGUGGGGAAACGACCAAGGCUGCUUGUAGCUGAUCCUGAGAAAAUCCUUUUGCCCAAACUCGAGUUUUUUCAGACCUUGGAUGUUUCAAGAUCUGACCUUGCAAGAAUUCUUUCUGGAUCCCCAAUCAUCUUUGGAAGAAGCUUAGAGAAUCACAUCAUACCUUCCUACAAUUUCCUUAAGUCUGUGCUUCAAUCAGAUAAGAAGGUGCUUUCUGCCAUGAAGCACACGUCAUGGAAUGUUUCGGCAGAUUAUACGACAUUUGGUGUUCCAAAUCUCGCUAUUUUGAGGGAAUUUGAAGUGCCCGAAUCGAGUAUUGGGUUUUUAUUGGCGCAUCACCCUGAGGCUAUAUUGAAAAAGCAUGAGCAGUUUAAGGAAAUUGUUAACAUGGUUAAGGAGAUGGGGUUCGAACCUUCUAAAUUGUCAUUUGUGCUAGCGGUGCAUGCCUUUUCAGGGAAGGGUAACAACUCCAUUUGGGAUCGAUGCUUUGAAUCAUAUGGGAAGUGGGGUUGGUCAAAGGAUGAGAUUUUCUCGGCAUUCAAGAAGCAACCACAUUGUAUGGUUCUGUCGGAGAAGAAGAUUACAAGAGUAAUGGACUUCCUUGUGAACAAGAUGGGGUGGCAUUCCAAAGACAUUGCAAGAUAUCCUACAACUAUGCUUUUUAGCUUGGAAAAGAGGAUUGUCCCGAGGUGCUUGGUUAUUCAAGUCUUAGUAUCGAAGGGCUUGGUCAAGAAAGAUUUAAGCUUGGGUUCAAUAAUAUCGCGACGGGAGGAGUGUUUCUUGGAGAGGUUUGUGAUUAGGUAUGAGAAGGAAGUUCCUCAACUAUUGAGUGUAUAUGAAAGAAAGGUGGAUGUUCUGGAGUUAUAAAAUGAAUAGCGAUGGGGACUCUUGAUUUUAACGGUUAUGUUUGGAAGGAGAUGACUAUUAACAAGGUUAAAGUUUGAACUCGUAAAUUGUGUACUUUUGCACCAUGUUUUGGGCUUAGUCACCUUUGCCCUUAGUUUAAGGCUUGUGUUACUGUUUUAGAGUAAAUAAGUUCUGGUUUGUCUUCUUACCAACAAAAGAAAAAGUUCCAGUUUUUCUUCUUCAAUUGUUUAAUCUAAUUGGCAUUUCGUCCUUCUAGAACA